AUGCAAGCAGAUUUGUCGUCUGAGCUGAACGAACUACAAAAAAUUAAAGAAGGUAUUAUAUUCUUUUUACUUACAUCUUAAAUUUACUGUCAAUUUACUUAAAUUUACUAUAUAUUUUUAAGGCAUUUGUAUAGAAGUGUAGGAUAAUGUAUAUUUGAUGCAUCAUAGCUGUACAUUUUAUAAUAACGCAAAAUGCGCGGACGAUAUUAAAAUAUUGCGCAGGCCGUUCUGUUUUCCUGGGUUGUUAAUAGGUGUACAAAUUUACUAUAAUUUUUAUUACCAUUGUGUACCAACAACAAAGACAAAAAUCCAUUCCAAAAAGUGGGGAGAGGCAAGUGAACCUGUACUUUUCUACUAGAUUCAUGUGAUACACUUCAUGAUGUUUUUGACUUGUUGGAAAUUGGUUGUAAUGGUGGAAUAGAAGUCGCUGCACGAAGCAUACCAGAGCGAUGUCAUGAUCAUAAGCUCACUGGACAACUAUCAAAGGUUGGACAUGGUGUACAGCAUAUUACAAGAUGAUAACAGAUAAAAAUUAGUUCUCAACUGGUAAAUUGAUCCUAUGUUACUAAAACAAUGAUCUGCAUGCAGUGAUUAUAAUGCUUCUCCAUUUGUGUUUAUUUGUCUACUCUAGUUACCAAAUGGAUUGCCACCAAUAUUUCCAUCCAAUCAUGACCUUGACCUUGAAGAGUAUUUACUUCAUCCAGAGAAACUGCCAAUUCACAAUUUUUAUGAAUCACAAAGGUAGUUUAAAUAAUACAGAUAACAAAUUCUUGGUACCAUUGAACAUUGUUAAUUUCUUAGAAAAUCCUUUGAGUCAAGUGGUAAGACACAGUGUGCUAACCAUGGUUCUCAUAAUCAUUCUCAAGGUUUUGGCCAAGGAAACAGAAUCCUGAGUCAUUAUUCAAUACAAUGUUUUCACCAGUUUUGACUGAGCUGAAGGUGAAGAGGGAUCCAAAAACUGGAAAACUGCUUGGCUACCAUGAGGUAAGAUGUAAUACUUAUAGUACAACUAAUAAAUAUUGUUGACUAUAGGCACUCUGACUGAUUACUGUAGCUAGUUCCUAACAAUCACUUAUUCUCAUCAGUUCACAGCCUUAGCUCCUUGUACAAAUUGUAGAAAGAAAUGAUUAAUUUAUAGUGUAGCCAAGUCACAAGUCUUGUUCAUUUGUCAUUUGAAAUUUUCAGGUUGCUGUUUCAAAUGCUGAAUGCACAGGUAGAAAUUCAACAUCUCUGCUACGACAGCCGGAGCCUCAGUCCUCAGAUGUGAGGGGAAACUCAACCAACAUACCAUUUAAACCAGGUGCACUUUUUUACCAAUGGUUUUAAACCUGCUGCAAAUUAACAAAUAAUGUUGCAAUCAAGAAGGCGAUUAGAUUGGAUUUUUCUAUUUCAUUCAUCAUUGAUUUCAAACUACAUUCCAGGUGGUUUAGAUGAGUCAGAUGCUGCCGACAAAGUGAACACUCAAGAGUUCUCUGCAGAUCUUGACUUUGAAAAAGGUAGUAUAGUACCAUAAUGUACCAUAUAGUACAAAAAAUAUAGUACAUUGUUUAGUACCAUAAUAUAUAGUAUAGUACCAUAAUAUAGUAUAGUACCAUGAUAAUAUAGUAUAGUACCAUAAUAUAGUAUAGUACCAUAAUAUAGUAUAGUACAUAAUAUAGUAUAGUACCAUGAUAAUAUAGUAUAGUACCAUAAUAUAGUAUAGUACCAUAAUAUAGUAUAGUACCAUAAUGAAUAAUGCUGGAUGUGCAAGUGUUGGAAUUCAUUAAAAGAAAUGUUUUUUUUGAUAUUUAGAUCUACUUGAUGUUCCACCUGGAUUUACUCAGAAAAUUUCAUUUAAAUCACAAGGUACCAUGGACCAAAUAUUUAACCAGCUCUUGUAUUUAUUUGCUUCCAUUCAAUUGCUUUGCUUUGCAUUUAUUGGUUUCUGUUAACUAAAAUUAUUUACAUUUCUUUGUUUAUACAGACACAACGGACAGUGGUCCAGCACCAAGCAUAAUAAGCCUUGCUGAUAUUUUGAGUGGGAAAGUAGACCUGGAUGAUGAGCUUGAUCAAGAUGAUGAUCAAACUGUCAUGGAGGACAAUGCAGAAGAAAUAUCAAAUGUGGGAUAUAUUUCCUUCAAGAUAUUGUGCAGGUAGAUUUCUCAAAAAAUGAAGAUUUAUAUUCAUUUGACUGUGUUAUAUUUGUUAUUUUUUAGAACGAAAACCAUGUGUUGGAAACUCAGAAUCCUAAGCCUGAGCUAAAGAAAAGUGAAAGCCUUGAAAAUCUCUUGCCAAAGGUAUGUUAUUUUGAAGUUCAUAAAGUUUUAAAAUGAAUUUCCUCAUCAUGACCUGGUUGUGCUAAAAUAUUGAUGUUAAUUAAUUAGGGGGUGUUUAUACGAAGCCAAGUCUGCCCAUUGCCAGAGCAGCUGAUGUGAAGUUUUUCCAAUGUGAUUGUUUAGGCUGGCUGUCUUGUCAAAAUAAAGUACACUUGCCUGGACGAAUAAUUGUAAAGCAUAUAUAUUAUUGCCAGCAAGCAUGGCAUCCUGUGAUUAGGUGGUUAGUGUGUAUUGCCUUUUUUGUCAUAAUCAGAUUGUUGUGUUGGAAUCUUGAUUAUUUAGAACGAGAGCAUAACUGAUACGAAGAUGAAGAAAAGCGAGUCAGUGAAUGACCCAGUUGAUGAAGAUUGGGCAGUCCCAGUAACUGAUCCUGUUAAAGAUUUCCACACCAGAGUACCUGACAUGGCAAGGGAGGUAGGUUCUAUUUCAAAGAAGGCAUAAUCUUGUUUCUCUCUCUGUGGAAGAAGCUGCCUGGGAUGAGGUAGCACUGUGCUUCGAUUCCACUGCUACAACAUGCAGUGUUUUCAUUAUAAAUUCAUCUCAGUCGCACGUGAAAAGAUUAUACUUUCAAUCUGAAAAUGGCUCUUACGUGACCUCUAAGGAGAACAGUUUGAAUUGACUAAGUUAGGGCCCACUUGCUACUGGAGGAAACUAAAGCACCCAGAGAAAAGCAGCGCUGUGUUUGGUUGAUUCAAACUGAAAACGCUUUCUCGCAUGUGAUUGAGACAACGUUUUAAAUAAAAAACUGUACAUUGUAUAUUACGUUGUCUUUUGCAGUACCCAUUCGAACUGGAUACAUUUCAGAAACAAGCUGUGGUCCACUUAGAAAAUAAAGAAUGCGUCUUUGUAGCAGCUCACACCUCAGCUGGCAAGACAGUCGUAGCAGAAUAUGCAAUUGCAUUGUCCGAGAAAAACAUGACUAAGUACGCAUCAAUAUGUGGGGCUCGCUUGCCGUGCAAAUGGUGGUCGUGCAACUUCCGAAAUGUUCACAUCUAUAGGAGGGGAGGAAAAUUGAACGACAUCUCUCAAUUCUAAAUUUGUUUUCCAGCCAUAACAUUUCCACUGCACAACCUUUGCCUAAAACUGUCGCAUGUAACCUGCUUACAACUUGAGUCAUACUGUGUAAAUACCUACGUUGUUGUAGGUGAGUUACAACUCAAGUUGUAAGCAGGUUGCAUGCGACAGUUUUAGGCAAAAGUUGUGCAGUGGAAAUCUACUAAAUCGGCCUAUAUAGAAUGAAAAGAAUUAACAUGAUUUUCUCACUCUGGUAACUGCAAGUUGACCACCAUCUGCUUCACGAUACUGCUUAGUGAACCUACUAAUGCUUGAUAAUUGGAUCAUAUCUAACCUAAUCUUAAUCCUGACCCUCAAUCCUAACCUUUAAUCCUAACCCUCAAUCCUAACCCUCAAUCCUAACCCUUAACCUAACCCUAAUCUUUGUGACGUUAUUUUGGGAGAGCAAUACGGAUAGUAUAUUCUACUUUCAACUAAAAAAAGUUUCAAAUUUUCAGAACGAUAUACACAUCUCCCAUCAAAGCUUUAUCGAAUCAAAAGUUUCGCGAGUUUAAGAAGGAGUUUGAGAGUGUUGGGCUCAUCACUGGUGAUAUUCAAAUUAACGCCGACGCCAACUGUCUUGUUAUGACGACGGAGAUUUUGAGGUCCAUGUUGUACCGCGGUUCCAGACUGAUUCGAGACACCGAGUGGGUCAUAUUUGAUGAAGUCCAUUAUGUCAAUGACGCUGAGGUGGGUAAUAUGUACUAUUGAUAGACACCUUAAGACACAUGGCAUACGAUUAUGAUUAACGUUUUUUCUAUAGCGUAAAUUUCCAUGUGGAUGUGGUCAAAUGCGCUUUACACGUAUUAUGCUUACCUAAUUACAUACUUAGCCUAGAUUAUUUCAUCUUCACAACAAUGGACCAUUUGCAUUAUAGACUAAAUUUUGAUCUAGACAAGUGUAGACAAAAAUUUCAUCACAGCUUGAAAAUCACAAAAUUAGUAAUAUUCCGAAGUUUCGUUGCGAAAUGUUGUAAAAUGCGGAUAAUAUAGCUUUGCGAAAUUUGCCGUUUUUCAGUCAUUUUGUAUUACGCAUGGGAAAUUGACAGCCCAAUCGGGUGUUGGGGCAUCAAUUUCCCGUUUGUAAUACAAAAUGGCUGAAAAUUGCAAAUUUCGCAACGCUAUAUUAUCCGCAUUUUACAACAUUUCGCAACGAAACUUUGGAAUAUUACUAAUUUUGUGAUGCUCUUUCAAGCUGUGAUGAAAUUUUUGUCUAGACCAAAAUCUAGUCUAUAAUGCAAAUGGUCCAUUGUGAAAUUACUUUCCUAACUGUGUUUAUCCUAACCCACCCUGUCAACUUCCCCUGUGGGAGGAAACCGGGGCGCCCAGAGAAAACCCACGACUAUCACUAGAGCCUUGACUGACUCUUUUUGCAUGAGUCCGUAGCGAGAAUUAGCCUGCGAACAGGCUCUCAAGCUGAAUUGAGAGCCUGCAUCGAUGACUAUUGAAUUUGAAUAUCUACGUCUCAAAUCGUGACGCGAAAUUCUCAUUGGUCAGAUGCUAUAAUUUAUAUGUUUCCGCUGAGCUCUAUAUAUGUCAACUGCUGAAGCACUAUGCAUAAAAAAAAACACAUUAACUGAUCAAUUGAUCUUGGCCAUCGUAUCUCAAAGCACGAAAUCAGUUCUGUUUUGAGAAAACAGUAUUUAAAACUGUUGGACAUUUACUGUUGACAUUAAUAUUUUAGUUAUAUUUGCUCGGACAGGGAAAACUGGGAACGAACGAAAAGGGCGCGAAAAUAGUUGUAGGACACGGGAUUUUAGAGAUAGAGUAUAUACAUGUUAGGAGUUUAUAUUAUGCGAAUUAUACUAUAAGAAAUAAAACUAUCAAAAGUUAAUGAAAGUGAGAAGCAAAUAACAAAAACAUUUGAACUAUUGCUUGAAUAUCUUAUAUUUCGAAAAACAGUAUAAACUGUACGGUCUAAAUUUAGUUCGGCACGGUCUAAAUUUAGUUUGCACGAAAGUUGUAAACAACACCAUAUAAGGAUAGACAUUCUAUAUUUGGAAAAACGAACGUUACGGGGAAGAUAUUCAAAUUCAUUAAUCAUCGAUGCAGGCUCUCAAUUCAGCUUGAGAGCCUGUUCGCAGGCUAAGCGAGAAUCGAACCCAGGACCUCACAGAUGACGCUUGCUCUGAUAACUUCCACCGAAGCUCCACUUCAAAGGUCAAACAGCAAACUUCAAAGGUCUACACGUUUCCGACAGCUAAGUAGCUACUUCACACUUUUAAUCCACAAAUUGCCCUAACUUCGAACAGUUAACAGUUGUCCUCGAAAAACAAUUUAGAGGUCUCUAAUCUCCAAUAUCCGCUAACAUCUUAAACCUGCUACCCGUGAUUCCCUAUUAGCCAUUUCCCAAACGAGCAGAGGACUUGGUCUAGUUGAUGUUUGGAGGGACGUUUGGAGGGACAACAAGUUAUAGUGAGCGAGCUAAAUAUAUAUUAAAAGAUGCCUUAUUAUAAUUGUUGCGUUUCAGGCUGCACAAAUAACUUUAGGAAUGUAGGAAAAACGUCCUAGAUGCCAUAUUCGGCACAUUGUUUAUUUUGUGUCCCUCCAAACAAGCGACUAGACCCAGUCCUCUGCUCGAUUGGGAAAUGGCUAAUUGUAUUUUCAGUAAAUCUGAUUUGUUUCGUAUUUCUCAGCGAGGCGUGGUUUGGGAAGAAGUCCUGAUUAUGUUGCCAGAACAUGUUGGUAUAAUCAUGUUAUCUGCCACUGUUCCUAAUACCAAGGAAUUUGCUGGAUGGGUGGGGUAAGGUGAUGUUAUUUAUUGUGGGGUACUAAUGGAUAUAGAUAUUACCCCCCCCCCCUCCCCCCACUUACUAGGACGGGGGGGGGGAGGCGUGCAAGAUAGAAGGCUUCAGGACACUAAUAUUCAAUUUGCCGAAUCGCUUUUUGCAAGGAGCGCAUUAAACUUGUGCAUAUUUACUGUAUUUAUUUAUUUACUUAUUAACUUUACAAGUAUACAAAAAAGUACUUUAAAAUUAUUACAAUUAAGUAAACCUUUUUAAAAAAAACCUGAGCAACGCUUAAUUUAAAUAUGGUUGAAAAUAUAGUCAACAGGACAGGAGUGAAAACCAGCCUGAAAAUAUUGAUAUUGACAGGGAUGUCGACUUACUGAGCAUGGGAACGGGUUUAAUAGAGGAAUUGUGGUAACGAAAUGAUCCCUUGAUCUUGUGUAGGCGAAUUAAGAGGAAGAAUAUCUACGUUAUCAGCACUUUCAAACGUCCGGUACCCCUGGAGUAUUUUCUCUACACUGGGAACAGCGCUAAGACUGCCGAUGAAAUGUUUCCAAUUGUGGAUAAAAAAGGGAAGUUUUUGCCAGCAGGACACAGGAGAGCUGUGGAGGCGAAGAGCCAGAGAGCGAAGUCCAAAGAUAACUAUGGCGCGAGGGGAGCACGCCAGAAUACGAAUCCAAAGGAGGUCAGUGAAGGAACGGGUUAAAGUUGAACCUACACACGUAAAAACACACACAAGUUGUAACGAACCUACAGCAGACUUGUAACAAUGUUGUUCCAACAACUUGUCAACAGGAUGUGUUCGCACUGCUUGUUACCAGCUUGUUGACAAGUUCUCAACGGCUUGUUGACAACUUGCUACAAGGUUGUUGAACUCAACAGACUUGUUACAAGUUGUUCCAACAACUUGUUAUCGUCCUGCAAUUCAACAAUUUGUCAACAAGUUGUGAGUGACAAAACUUGAUAAAAUAACAGAAAUGUUACAACUUGUAAACAAGCUUGCUACAAGCCUGUUGCGAACACAUCUUGUUGACAAGUUGUGAGAUUUUUACGUAUGUAGUUAAAGGGUCAAGAUUGGAAAUGCUAAUCAUCAUGAAUUGCGAAGGACGUGGCCGAUCAUAGACUUCAAAUUAUUUCUGGCCAUUGAGCCUUGAUAUUAAACUUUGUUUUUAGGAAAGAAACAUCUGGAUUUCCCUAAUUCGAAAACUUGAAAAGGACGAAGGACUCCCAGUUGUGGCGUUUACGUUUUCAAGAAAGCGAUGUAACGAGAACGCUGAUAAGCUGACCAACUUGGAUUUAACAACGGGCAAGCAAAAACAUGAAAUUCAUAUCUUUAUUCAGAAAUGCAUUUCACGAUUGAAAGAUCAGGAUAGACAAUUACCCCAGGUAAACUUACAGGAGUGUUGGUCGUACAUGUCUUUCAUAUAUGUCUUUCAAAAUAAACGCCUGAUCGCAGGUUAUUCACCUCUCUGAUGGGGUUCGAUUUUUCGAACAUGCUUCCAAUUUUAUAUUUCCAGGAAUCGCAUAUUUUCCCGAGUACUAUUGUUUCUUCCUGUAUGAAGACUUUUUCAAGAGGUGACUUACUGGGCUUCCUGGAAGAAAAGUUUAGAACCGACAGACUUUAUCCAGUAUUAAAAAAUGUUUUUGUUUGGGAUUCCUCCUGUGGGGUGACACUGGACUAAGAAACUAAAACAUGCAAUUUUGUAUAUUGUAGGUAAAGAAAAUGCAAGAAUUACUGAAACGUGGUUUAGCUGUACAUCACAGUGGUAUAUUACCGAUAUUAAAAGAGGUGCGACUCGCAGAUGUGAGAUAAUGCUCAGUCAAUUACAUUACGUUUAGCGAAAAACUAAUUGUGUGAAAUAUUUUGUAGAUGAUUGAGAUGUUGUUUCAGGGUGGAUACGUCAAGGUAAACGACUUUUAUUAGCACCUCUUGAGAACCAUCGAUGUAUGGCGUUUAUGCUCUCUCGGCAAACACGGGCGAUAGAAGCAGUUAGUGUGCCCUCCCCUCCCCUUACUGGUCAAGUAAGUCUUCUGUGGGUUGGGUAUUACUUGGAUUGGCUACUCUGUACGGUCUUGAUAUGCUUGAAAACUCGAGUUCCUCCACUGUUUUUCUCCGUGUACUGGAGCACGCGUAUCAUGAGUUUCUGGCUAGGAUGAAUUGGGCAAUCAUAUCGAACUCUAAAGAUAUUUUUAUCGUAUGUUAACUUUUAGGUACUCUUUGCAACGGAGACAUUUGCAAUGGGUGUUAACAUGCCUGCAAGAACAGUUGUCUUUGAUUCUAUUCGUAAACAUGAUGGAGUAAAGUUCAGAGAAUUGCUGCCUGGGGAGUUUAUACAGAUGGCAGGCCGAGCAGGCCGACGAGGACUGGAUGACACUGGUACUGUCAUAAUGUUAUGCAAAGGUGAUGUACCGGAAAUCUCUAAUAUCCAAAACAUGAUGAUGGUAAGUCACCGAUCUCAUACCUUGGACUGAAUAGUGCAUUUGGUAUGCAUGAUUAUAUGGCCGCCAUAUUGGAAUGACCACAAUAAAAUGCCAGUGCAAUUAUUAUUUUUAUUAAUAACAUCAUUACUAUAAUUAUAAUCAUAAUAAUAUUUGUUGCUGUUGCUGUUGCUGUUACUGCUGCUGUUGUUGUUGUUGCUGCUGCUGCUGCUGCUGUUGUUGUUGUUGCUGCUGCUGCUGCUGUUGUUGUUGCUGCUGCUGCUGCUGCUGUUGUUGUUGCUGCUGCUGUUGUUGCUGUUGUUGUUGCUGCUGUUGUUGCUGCUGUUGUUGCUGCUGUUGUUGCUGUUGCUGUUGCUGUUGUUGCUGUUGUUGUUGUUGUUGUUGUUGUUGUUGUUGUUGCUGUUGUUGUUGCUGUUGCUGUUGCUGUUGCUGUUGCUGUUGCGGUUGUUGUUGUUGUUGUUGUUGUUGCUGUUGUUGUUGCUGUUGCUGUUGCUGUUGCUGUUGCUGUUGUUGUUGUUGUUGUUGUUGUUGUUAUUGUUGCAAAUGAUUAAUACUGUUAUCAUUGUCUUGGUAGGGAAAACCAACGCUACUAGAAUCGAGGUUCCGUUUAACGUACUCCAUGAUGCUCAACCUUCUUCGCUCAGACGACCUGUGUGUCGAGGACAUGAUGAAACGUAGUUUUGCUGAAUUCCACUUGUUGAAGAAAGCACCAGAACGAGAAAGAAUGAUCUCAAAACUCACUGAAGAACUUGAACAAGUAGAGAAACUAUGUUGUGAAAAGUGUUCGCUUGAUGUGGAGGAUUACUAUGACAUCGCUAAAGAAUUAACGACACUAUACAAAUCUGUGCAGGUUAGAUGUACUUUGUUGUGCUGGUGGUAUAGUGUUUAGUUCUUUUCUCUUUCACUUGUGUGACCGAGUUCAAUUCCUAAAGUUAGUUUAGUUUGAGUUUCUUCCUGCAGUAACACUGGAUCAAUAGAGAAUGACCCCAACAGUUCUGAACUGAUAGAGCUAUCCUGUACAGAUGUACUUCUAAUUUGUUGCCAUGAGGUCCAGUAAGGGCCAUCUUUACAACUGGAGGAAACCUGAGUACAAUAUUCCGUGUUUGGUAAUUUGGUAGUCAAAUUAGAAGCACUCUUCUUGUCAGAUAGACUUUCCCUCGCUAUAUGUGGUGCUAAUUUUUUGUAGUUAACUAUCGUGUCUUCGCCAAGUGGACAAAAAUCGCUAACGUCUGGUCGUAUAGUUAUUAUAACGAACAAACGAUUCCUAACUCGAUAUGGAAUGAUCCUGAGCAAGAUAUCCCAAUUCUCAUCUCUGGAUUCAAAACACGGGAAGAAAUCAUAUACUGUACUGCUAGCUUGCGAUCACAAUGAAGUAAUUUGGAACGAGGAACAAGUACCAAUGGUGGAUGAGGAUUCUGAAGUGAUCGUUGAGCCUUACGCAAGCAGUAUUGAAGUAUAUUGCCCCCAGAGACCGUCUACACAUACGAUAGUUGAAAUACGAGAAGAGGAAAUUGUCGUUAUUACUGAUCAAGUGAAAUCGAAUUUGAACAGUGAAGCGAUGAUCAAUGAUUUUAACAAAAGAAAACAGCCACGCUUUUGGUGUGUAAUUAUAGGUUAUCAAAGCUAGAAGCUGCGACAUUCACCUUAUUUGUACUUGUCAGUAUACGUUCAGUUGUACCGUUUUGAACACCGUGUGUGUAUUGUAACUUUAGUUAGUCUGGUGAUGAUUUCAAAGUUAGAAAGUAGUGAUAGUUCCUUGAACUUUUGAUCGUCCUACUAACUCCCAGGGAAAUAGCCUUCGCUCGCAACGUCGAAUUUCUACCCUCAACUUACAGCAGCAGGCUUCAGUACAGUAACUCUAUGGUAAGAGAUAGCAUGCUAACAACACGUGCCACUCAUGGCCAAGGGUGACGUAUAUAACUUUCUUUUCACAGGCAUGAUCCACCGGGAAAAUCCAUCAGCGCUGCAACUGAGGAAUUACUUCGGCUCUCAGAAACAUAUCCACGCGGUUUACCAAUGACAGACCUCCCUAUCAAAGAUUUGGCUUUCCACGAAAAGAGAACACGUCAGAAGUUUUUGGAAUCUCGAAUUCAAAGUUUUAAUUGUCUACUGUGUGUAAAUUUUGAAGAGCAUGUAAGUUCUGACCUUGAUUCCCUAGCCGCCUCUACAAUAUCUAUACCAUCCCAUAUUCUCACCUCUUAUCAGCCCUCUGAGGCCCAUCUUUUCCUUGUUACGUGUCCAUACUAUCUUACCCUUGCUGUUUAUUUUUUUUUUUCAGUUCAAGAAAUACAGAAGGGAAAGGAUAUUGAGGGAUAAGAUUGCAAACUUAGAAGAAAAAUCAUCAAUAGAAAUGCUGAGUCUUAUUCCUGAAUAUCGAAAUCGUGUGGGGGUAUAUUCUGUUAAUUGUUUUUAAUAUAAAUCCCUAACCUAUGCAUGCUGGAUUAGUCUAUCAGUUUACCGAGGUGGUGGUGUUUGGUAGAAUAAAAUUGGAAGCACUCAAAAUUACAAUAGGGCAAAUACAUAUACAGGAUUCAAAACCCAAUCACAAAGGUGAAAGACAAGAAGAACUAACACUAUGCCACCACUGUGCAGUAAAAUCUUCAUCUGUUUUUUCUAGGUUUUAGUUGAACUUGGUUAUUUAAACACGGUUAGCAAAGCGGUCGAAAUGAAAGGCCGUGUCGCGUGCGAGAUAAGCAAUCAUGAAGUUCUUAUAUCUCAUCUACUCUAUGAUAAAUUUUUCAACGAUUUCGAUCCUGCUGAAGUUGUUGCUCUUCUCUCGUGUUUUGUCUUCGAACAGGUAGUUCUCCUAUUUAAUUUCCUGUGGUAAAACACCAUCUUCACUAAAUAUAUAUACGGCUAUACAUGGCCUAGAUGCGAAGUCGGUAAACACAAUUGCAUUUUCACUUAACCUUGCUUACAGUAAUUAUCCAAAACUCAAUUUGUUUUUGUUUAGAAAAAAUGCAGUGAACCAACUUUAACUGAAAAACUCAAAAAAGUAUGUCAUUUACUACCAAAUUAGUCUGACGAUGAGUUUGUAAUAGUCUUCAAAUAUUACUGUUCAAUCUUGUUUUCCUCUGAUAUUGAGUUUCAUGAUGGGUGUUCCAUCCUUUACUUUCUUCAAUGCCUUUCAUGUUACGUUUGUAGGGAAAAGAAAGAAUUUUAGUCACUGCCAGAAAAAUUGCAAACAUAGAGAAAAAACACGGAAUGGAUACGUCUUGUGAAGAGUUUGUUCAACAAUUUAAAUUUGGUUUGAUUCAAGUUGUGUUUGAAUGGGCAAGAGGAAUGCCUUUUAAUGAAAUCACUGAUCUUACCGAUGUACAGGAAGGUAAAGUUUCAAGAGUUUUUCUUCGGGUAUCCUCCCUCACCGAAAACCAACCUUCUAGCCGUGAUUAUAAUUUCACCUCAGUCACAUGUGAGAAGACCCUAUUAAACACUCAAGAUAUCAUCCAAACUUUUAUUUCAUUAUUUCAGGCAUAAUUGUGAGAUGUAUCCAGCGGUUAAAUGAUUUGUGCUGCGACGUGAAGAACGCCUCAAAAUGUCUUGGUGUUAAAGACGUCGAAUUAAAAAUGGAGGAGGCUUCAAAUCUACUCAAACGUGAUAUAGUAUUUGCUGCUAGCCUCUACACUCAAGAGUAA